CAUGGAAACGUGUUGAACCCGUUCUCCAGGGGACUCUGCGACGAUGACGUCACCGCGUUUGGGUUUCAUGGACCAUCAUGUUGUCUGAAACUUGAAGAAAUAAAAAGAGGAACGUCAGGACGUGGUGACGUACCCGGAAGUGUUAGAGCAUCAGCUGAGCUAGCAGCAGGCUGUACCCAAACUCGAGCUGACAGACCCAGAAGGAGACAGCUGGAGAGCUGUGUCCGUGGAUGGAAGUGUGCCGCUCAGCAAUGGGACCAGAGAGAGUCUUGCCGAGCUCCGAGGACGAGCUGGGGGAGGACGAGCGUCCAGGGGACGGAGCGGUGCUGCCCGCUGGGGCGGUGUGGGGUGGGGGAGAGGAGGCGGGGGAGGACGGGGGAGACAUGGAGCUGGAUGGAGAGGAGGAGGAGGAGGAGGGGGAGGAGAGCAGCGGAGGAUACUACUACCAGCCUCUGAACCAGGACCCGGACGGCCUGAACGGGGGCGAGCAGCCUGAGGACGAGGACGGGGGGGACGCGUCCCACUCUGAGGCGCUGCAGCAGGUGCAGCACAGGAUAGAGGUGAUGGGCCUGCACCUCCCUGAAGCUCCGCCUCCGGACAGCGAUGAGGAGGAGGACCCCGAGGGGGCGGCGGCCCAAAGGAGCCGCGCCUCCAUCCCCAUGGACGCAGACCACGUGGAGCUGGUGAAGCGGACGAUGGCGGCGGUGGCGCUGCCGUCUCUGGGGGUGCCGCCCUGGGCUCAGGAGAUCUCAGACGACCAGUGGAAGGACAUGGUGCAGCACACGCUGCAGGACCGCCAGAGCUCCUCUGGGCUCAGGAUGCUGCGCCGCGGCAACGUGCCGGGACCCUGAACGCACCUCCACAGCCGUCCCUGAACGCACCUCCACAGCCGUCCCUGAACGCACCAGCUCCUCCAUUCCUCCACCAUCUUACCCGAGCCGCCACAUUCUGUCCCGACCGGCCCUGAAUGCACCACGAACCGGCUGCUCAUGGUUCUGAUCCGGACCACAUGACUCACAAACAGGAAGUGACAUCAGUUAGUAGUUCAUGUAUUUUAUUAUUAGAAUCUGAUUGUUUCCUGUGAAGGAACCAUGUGGACCAGGUUCUGUUAGCGUGUUUCUGUCAGAACCAGUGAUUUCUGUGUGGAACCCGGUCCAACAUGGCCGGAUUUAUUUUCUCUGUACAUACAUGAACAUCUGAUUAAACGUCUGUACACCAUGA